AUGCGUCCUCGAUGCUCCAAGAUCGCUUCCACUUCCCAUUCUUCUUGUUCCGCGAUUUCAGCCCAAACCUCUUUUGUAAAGUUUGGCGUGACCACCAAAGGGAACUCUUUCAGCGUCGAUACCGACGGAGGUUUGAUCUUUGACGUUGAUAAAAGCAACGGGGACAUCACUAGCCUGCAGUACAAUGGCAUCACCGUCGCAGCGCAAUCCCAGCCCUUGACGCAAUAUUUCGUUCUUCGGCCCAACGACCCAACCAUCUACAUGGGCACCUAUAUCACGGGUGAGAUCGACCCUGGGGAGCUCCGAUGGCUCGCCCGUCUCCGCCGAUCGGCGGUGCCAAACGGCUGGCACGGGACCGCCGCUGUCCUCGACGGCUGCACCGCGUUCGAGGGCAAGGACACGUUCAAGUGCCCAAACGGCGAGACACGCUGCAAGAUGUGCACAUCGGACCGCUUCAUCGAUGAUCAAGUCCAUGGAGUGACUGGCAAUAAUGUGGCAAUCUGGAUGAUCAUGCCCGGCGUGGCUUAUGAAACGUCUUCGGGUGGUCCUUUCAUGCGAGAUAUCAACAGCCAGAGCGGUGAUGACCAGGAACUGUAUUGGUACAUGAACAGUGGGCAUGUGCGCACAGAGCCCUGGAGGUUUGGUCUCAUGGGACCAUACGCCAUACGUUUCACGACUGGAGCAAAGCCCUCAUCUGAUCUUGAUACUUCUUUCUUCGAGUCCCUCUCUAUCAAGGGGUACGUUCCUAGCAGCAAACGAGGGGCCGUGUCCGGCACUGCGACUGGGGUUGCUCAGGGGUUCCAGACAGUUCUUCACUGGUACAACAAUGCUGCGCAGUAUUGGACAACUGCUAGGGCUGGAGGGCAAUACACGUCGCCCCAGAUGAAGCCGGGAACAUACACCAUGAAGAUGUACAGGAACGAGUUUCCGGUUGCCCAAGACUCGGUCGUCGUUACUGCGGGGGGCAACACAACGAAGAACAUUGCAUCCACCGAGUCCAACCCGUCAGUCAUCUGGCGCAUCGGCAAUUUUGACGGCCAGCCGUUCGAGCUGAAGAACGGGGACAAGAUUGAGCGGAUGCACCCCUCCGGCGUGCGCAUGGGACCGUGGGGCGGGAGCUACACGGUUGGAAAGUCGAGUCCUAAGGACUUCCCAAUGGCGCUCUUUGCCAAGCAGAGUGGUGUUGCAACGGUCACGUUCAACCUUACGGCGAACCAAGCUUCUACUGAAACCGUCCUGCGUAUUGGAACCACACUGUCAUUCAAAGGCGGACGUCCUGAUCCUGGGGCGCCGAAACUGAUCGACUCCCGGGGUGUGACGCGCGGGGCCUACCGCGGGUAUGGGGAGGUGUACAGCUGGAAGAUUCCUGCUGGGACUCUUCGGGCGGGCACGAACACUUUGACGAUCGGCGUUUAUGGUUCGGGGGAUGCCACUUGGCUCAGUGCCAACUACAUUGUGGACGCGGUGGAACUGCAAGGGCCCAGCGGUGCCGAUACCCCGAAGUGA